AUGGCGGUUCAAUUUCCUCCUGUUCGUUCUCUUCAGGACUUUAUUACAGAUGCUCAGUUUACUGCCCCAACUUUUCAUGACAGAGAUAGGAUGGAGAACAGAAUGGUUAACAAUCUGAUAUAUUACCAAACAAACUACCUUCUAUGUGCCAUUCUUAUUCUCAUUUUGGUUGGGUAAGUCGCAAUAGCUCAAAGUUUUCAAGCGAGGUUUAGGGACAUUCGGACCUUUAUAAAAUAUUGGCUUAAUUUAUUUUAGUGACCUCGAGACAUAGUAACUGAAAGGGUUUUCGAAAUUUCUCUUGUUCGAGUCUGUUUACAAUGUAGUUGGUUGAUCAGAGCUUUGGCUUGCCCAGAAUUUUUGUAGAGCUGAGCAGGGACAUUGAUGCCCGGGGAGGGGGGGGGUACUUUAGGAAUUUCUGGUGGGGAUGUGCCGCUGGGACCCUGGAACCCUCAACCUAUACCAGAGCUAGUUCAGCUGAAUUUUGCUACCGUAUACUAGAGUAAACUCCCAAAUCCCCGCUAUCCUAGAGUAGCUGUUUCCCUAGUCUAGAUAAAAUCUUCAACCAACUGAUAAGUUUCCUGAAAAAUAAUACCCUAUUCUAGACCCAAACGCUCUGAUUUAUAUACUCUAUCCUAGAGUAAACUGCUUGAAAACCAUACCCUUCACAGCGGCACAUACCUAUAUAGCCCAUAUAUGGCAGUGCCCCCCCGGCAUUGAUGUGCUCUGGGCCAUUCAAAACCCACCAACCACAGGGCAUCCAGGCUCCUUUUGACGUCCUCUUGGUUCCAAAAGCAUAUAAUAAGCUUAAGUAUUUGUAUGGCAGUUUAAAGUCGGUGGUAUAAAAAGUGACAAAUAACAGCACUAAAAUGUCAAGCACCGUCCAUUAAAGUUCAUUGACCUUAUAAGAUGUUGUUUUUACAUCAUUUCUUAACCAUCAACACAGGAAAAAAUAACAGAUUCCCAAUAUCGUAUAUGUUAGCAUAUUCAAAGAAUACCCACAAAAAUCCCAAAUUUGGCAAAGUAAGACAAGUCCCAACCAGGGAAUUGCCAACCAAUUUCCCUGGUUGGGACUUGUCUCACUCUUCCAAAUUUGGGAUUUUUGUGGGUAUUCUUUAAACACCUUAAAGUAUCCAAAAAUGGGAAUCUUUUUAUUUUUUCCUGUGCAAAUAGCUGCUUAUCACAUCAGAGCAUUAUUUUCGUCAAGUAAUGAUUCUUUAUUAUUCUAUGAUAUAAUGUAAACCAUAAAAUAUCAACUGGUAAAAUCGGCAGCCGGGAGCUGUGAUUAUCAAUUAUUACAUCUUUCUGUGAGCACAUCACAGAGUAGUGACAUUUAGCUGUUGGCGUUGUCUUUGUCCUACCUUGUGGAAGGAGAUUUGCUGUUUAAAAGUGUGGGGAAUGUAGGCCUUAAUGGCCUGGACUCUUAAUUAGCCUUUGUUCUGAAACAUAACCUAUUGUUUUGAAAUAAUAGUUAACGGUUCCAUUUAUUUUAAGAUGGCUUUUGCAACCCUACCAUGGGCAACCACAUGGCCUUGCAUGGGUCUUCUGUCCUUUUGAACCUACCCAUUCUGCUACCUUGCUCUCUUCUGUAAGCAGUUAUCCAACAGAACACUCAAACUAUUGGAAAAAAUGAAGUUUCCUUUAAAACAGAUAAAACACUAGCCUGGGACCAGGCUUCGCAGUAGUGGAAAAAGGCAGAAAAACAUUGGAUCACUUUGAAGGCUUGCCAACUUUUUUGUUGUUUUACCCCAUUUUGCCUUUUUUUCCCACUAUGCAGAGCCUAGUGCUAGGCUAAUCAAUCAUGUACAUCUGUUCCUGUUGACCUUCCCCACACUGAUCUUUACUUCACUUUACAGGGUUAUGUAUCCAAAGGAUUUGAUGAUUGGUACAGUCUCCCUGGUGUCAACCUUCAUUUUGUUUGGAGUCGCACAGAGUCGUGAAUCAAGAGUCGCUCGCAUCAAGCGUCGGUACCCCUUUUUGGUUCCUGCCUCUGUGCUUGGUCUUGCAGUGUUUAUUAUUUAUGCACUGGGGUCCAUGCUUGUUUUUCUUUGGGGAGUGAGUAUGCCUCUGGCAGGUAGGUGAAUCGAUACUCUUACGGCUUCUGCGAAAUAUCAAUACAGUUAAAUCCCACUUCAUGGACAUCUGUUUUAAGGACACCUCAUUAUUGACUUUUUUUUUGUCCCUGGGGAAAAACGCCCUUGCAUUUUUUCUAAAUUCAACCUGCUUCAUACUGACACCAUGUUAAUACGGACACUUUGCAUGACCCCCUCGUCAUCCUUAAUACUGUUGAAUGAUGCCAGUCUUUCAGGAAUCAAGUUUCAAGGGCCUGCAAUUACUUGAUCAGCUGUUUGCAACCAUAGCUUGAAGCUUCUGAUACUAUGAAUGUCAACAGAUAAAAAUUAUUAUUUUAGAGUACCAGUAGUGUACCAGUAAAUUUUACAAGAACCUUAAAAGAAUGUAAACCAGCACUGAGAUAAUUGAGCCAAAAUGAUGAUUUUUAAAUUAUUUAUUGAUGCCAAUGACUAAAGGUUUGGUGCCCAACUGACCAAAUGGCUGUCAUGUUUUCUUGCCAAUAAAUAAAACUUUCUUGCAAAGGAAUUGUAAAUACUUUCUCUAUUUGAAACUCUUCUGUAAAAACAAAAACAUUUAAGAGCGAAUGCACAGAAAAAUCGAGCAAACCGUGGCCACAGCUCAAAACCUAACCUACCCUCAUUUUAAGUCUGUAAUAAGGUUUUAAUGAAUUUAUAACACUGCUGAGGUUUAAUUUUCAAAAUGCGUCCGAGUUUGGGAAUUAUUUGAGAUUUUCGAUUUCAACGGUCUGCGGGCCUAAAAUUAGCCGCCGAACAAGGCAAUAUAGCCUAGCGACAGAAAUGAGCUGAAUUUCAUAAACGAGCGAAUAUAUUGCCAAUCUUCCACUUAAAUCUCAAAAAGCAGAUAUCUAACAAUAUCUGAAGGGCUUCUUUUUUAGAUUUAGAGUAUAAAAUAUCGACGAACCAGCAGAAUUUUGAAACGUAAUUUGCAUAAUGCUUAUAAAUACAACAAUUUACCGCUAAAACCAAAAUCGAAUUUUCUAUAUGGGGGAAUUCUCCAAAUCACCCCAAAUCCCGCUUACUACCUAAUGCGAUAUAGUACUUCAACAUUAUCUGAAAGUUAGUCUGGUGUUCUUGCGAACGCUUGUGAAAUAGAUUGAUUAUUUUGAAGUUAUUUUGCCCCAAACAACUGCUAAUUGACCCCAGGGUCAAUUGACACGUGCACGUCACCUUAGUUUUACGCAUCGAUUUGAGCUCGUUAAAAGGGAGAAACUAACAAGAUUCUUUUAAUAUGUACCUGUUUUAAUGAAAUACACGCAAUCUUCAAAAGGAGAGGCCGUUCAAUGGGUAAUUUCUGUUCUUGAGAUCUUGUAGAUUGUACCAUGGCGUCUGCGAGUGGACCUGAGUCUAGGUCUGUUUUCCCGUGACUGCGAAAUCAGAAUAACAUCAUGAAAUAAUUUUCUCUCGAACCUUCGUAAAUGAAUCAGCUUUGCAGUGCCUUACCUGAGAUAAAAAGUGGGCAGAAUAGGAAAACAUUCUAGCGCAAUUUGGAUCCUUUGCAGCACGUAGUGUAUUUGCUAAGCGGCGAUGGUAUUAAUGACUUUUUAAAGUCAGGUGAGUAACUAAUUAAAAUUAGUUACUCACCUCCGAUUGCGUGACCAGGCAAUUAUAGAUUGUCUCCAGCGAAAAAUAAGUGCAUGUGAAACCAAAGCUUUCGGGAUACAGUAAAUUCAUUUUCCUGUAUGACCAGGUGUCCUUUUGUCCUAUUUUAAAAGCGGUUAACUAAGAUGAUUAGCAAACAUACUGUCCCACUUUUUAAAAAUGGUACAGUAACUGAAUGUUCUGUUCUUCUGAUUUUACCCCUAACCCCGGAGUGUUCAGAAGAUAUAUUUGCACUACGCAUGAAAGGCAAAUGGAUUAAAUUUUAAGGUUCAAGGCGGUUUUAAGGCAUGGGUUACCAGUGGAUUAGUCAGACUUGUCAUAAGGUGCAUUGAACAGAAAAUUACAGGCAUGAUAUCUCUGCUAUUGUGUGUCCAUUAAGUGAUUUUCCAUCAAACAUUAUUUUUUUACUUUUUUACCCCAAAAGUUUUUUUCGUUCAAUUCUUAUCUAUGAGGUGUAAACUUAGUUAAAUUUCUGUAAUUUGUUGUUAAAUGCAAAUCUGCAAAUAACUAAGUAUUUAAUUUUGCGUAAAAGCUACAUGAAAUUGUACUGUUUAGCCGUAAAUCAUUAAAAAGAGAAAGCAUCAUGCUUUCUCUUUUCAAGUCUAGUAGGACUUAAUUAAGCAAUGGCAUUGCUUAAGUCCUAGUAGUUCUUCUCCAUGUCUGCUAAGGGGGAAAUAGUUUGCUCUUUUCAAGAAAUUGUUCUUGCCCAUUGCGGUUUCAAACCAAGGAUAGCAGCAAGUCUGUCGUGGUCAUAUACUGCUACUUCAGUGCAAACGAAGCAUAGGCGCACAAGUCAGCGCUUGCGUUUAGUCAGGUGCCGAAAAUGAAGUGGAAACUUAACCCUAAGGGCGUCCAUGUUCGCUCCGGCUCGAAAAGGUAGAAUCAGUUGUGCAGUAAAAAGUAAUGCGAAAAACCUGCGGGGGCUGGGGAAAGAAAGGCGUCUUAUUUUUCUUGGCUUGUUCUAUUUUCGCGACGUGCUACAGGUUACGAAAUGCUGACAAGCUCAAUAUAUGUCUUCACCACCGAGAGUCACUUGCCCUUAGCCAGACACGCCCCUCACGUAUCAUGUUUCGUUCUUAAAGUUAUUUCAAAGCACAGAACCAAACCUAAUCAGCGGCCGAAGGCAGAAAAGGGGAUGAGCAAACGGAUGUCACAGCAUAUUUUGCAAGAAACCGGUAUCCUUGUGCCUAUCGGCUCAGGAACGAUUGAUUACUACUAGAAUAAAUACCAGGGUCAGAAUUUGAGUGCUACAAUGGGAGGGAAGGAAGAAAAGAAAACCGCCGCGGGCACCUGUUAAGUCUUUUAUAAACUUUCUCGUCCUGACGGUCUCAAAGAAAGGCGUUGUGGCUGCUACUUAAUUUACAGUGUCUGUUGCAGGAGUCGAAUUAAUCCUACAGCAACUGGAAACGUGGCCACGCCUGCUGAAACUGAGAUUGCUUGUAGGAUAUUCGGCUAUAGUUUGGUAUAUUCACGAGCGCGUUUUGUCCAGUGAACUGAGCGCGUAGUUUUUCUUAACGAAGGGAUGGGGUGGGUCAAGUGAAUAUUUCGGGGAACGUUUGCUCUCAUUAGUUGGGGGGUAUAUUUGUUGAUAUCAGGAGUUCUGGCCUGGAUAGAGUCGUUGUAAAGCUAUUUUUGGUUCGGGGUAUCGGUUUCCCGGAAGCUGAGCAAGGAAAAUUCAAUGGUGCAUUUAUGGAAUAAUAAUAGAGAUUCUCAUGGUCUAACAGUGCGAAGAUUAGACUUCUGGUAAGGUGGCAACGAUCAAGGCCCGCAUUAUAAUUCAUGAUAAUUGAAGGUCAUGAUGUGGAAAAAGCGACUGAAAUGGUGGAUGCCAUGCAAUCCUCUCGGUGGGGCGGGGCACCUGGCCUUAACGGUUGCCCCUUCGACAGAAGGCAAGCAUGCCCAGAUUGUCCACGGGUUGCUAAAUGAGACCGUCCCUUUCUUAGUACCCGUUCCCUGUCUUUUUAUUAGACCCGGGCAAAUUUCUCGAAAUUGCACCAUCAUUUUGGGCUUUUAAGCUUCCAAAGUCCAACAAUAAUAGCGCAUGUUCGCGACGGUUUUUUAAGUCAGUCAAGUUCUUAAACCAGGCCUUAAACGGCCAGUUUUAAGUGUCGAUAACAGUUAAAAAGGCAUACAAGCCCCAUGCAAAAGACAGUGGGAAGGAAGUACACAUCGGUGAUGGGGAAAAAGGACUGGCCCACAGUUAUUUAGGGGUGGAUCUUUCGAAACAUUCUUAUACUCUUGGACAGAUAUGCAUUGUUUAAAGUUUUAGACAAACCAGGUGUAAAUUUAUAGUAACAAACUGUUAAAUAUACAUCAGCAAGAUUUUUGCGAAUCUUAUUUUUCGCUGGAGACUAUCGUUUACUGGCUGGUCACGCAAUCAAAGGCAACGUACUUUCCCACGUUUGUUUACUGACCUUUCGCUCGGCAAUACACUGCGUUCGACAAAGGAUCCAAAUUGCGCUGGAAAUGUUUUGCUAUUCGGCCCACUUGUUAUCUUAGGUAAGGCAUUGCAAAGCUGAUUCACUUACAAAGAUACGAGGGAGAAUUAUUUCUUGAUGUUAUUCUGAUUUCGCAGUCACGGGAAAACAGACCUAGACUCAGGUCCACUCGCAGACGCCAUGGUACAAUCUACAAGAUCUCAAGAACAGAAAUUACCCAUUGAACGGCCUCUCCUUUGAGGAUUGCGUGUAUUUCAAUAAAACAGGUACAUAUUAAAAGAAUCUUGUUAGUUUCUCCCUUUUAACGAGCUCAAAUCGAUGCAUAAAACUAAGGUGACGUGCACGUGUCAAUUGACCCUGGGGUCAAUUAGCAGUUGUUUGGGGCAAAAUAACUUCAAAAUAAUCAAUCUAUUUUACAAGCGUUCGCAAGAACACCAGACUAACUUUCAGAUAAUGUUGAAGUACUAUAUCUCAUUAGUUAGUAAGCGGGAUUUGGGGUGAUUUGGAGAAUUCCCCCAUAUAGAAAAUUCGAUUUUGGUUUUAGCGGUAAAUUGUUGUAUUUAUAAGCAUUAUGCAAAUUACGUUUCAAAAUUCUGCUGGUUCGUCGAUAUUUUAUACUCUAAAUCUAAAAAAUAAGCCAUUCAGAAAUUGUUAGAUAUCUACUUUUUGAGAUUUAAGUGGAAGAUUGGCAAUAUAUUCGCUCGUUUAUGAAAGUCAGCUCAUUUCUGUCGUUAGGCUAUUUUGCCGUGUUCGGCGGCUAAUUUUAGGCCCGCAGACCGUUGAAAUCGAAAAUCUCAAAUAAUUCCCAAACUCGGCCGCAUUUUGAAAUUUAAACCUCAGCAGUGUUAUAAACUCAUUAAAACCUUAUUACAGACUGAAAAUGAGAGUAAGUUAGGUUUUGAGCUGUGGCCACGAUUUGCCGAUUUUGCUCGAUUUUUCUGUGCAUUCGCUCUUAAUUUAGUUUUAAAGUUAUUUAUGAACAUGUCAGCUAAAUAUAGUAAUGCAAGACUUAAUUUACAUUUGUACACAAAUAACCUUUUCGUUGUUUUCAUUAAGAAAUUCAUGUUAAACAGACAAAGCUACCUGUAAAAACUGCCAAACCAAUUUUUGUUGCCUUUUUCAUGUUUUUCAGCCACAGCUUCAUUUAUUUGUGAAAUUUCUUUGUUUGUUGUGGCAGCAAACCGGGUUCCAUUUUUCUGGUAACUUGCACGAGUUUGGUUUGGCUUGGAGGUGAAUAGCACCGCAUAUCCCAAGUUUGAAUAGCCAAUCAGAGCAUGCAAAAAACACUAUCCACUGUUUUAGUUUAGUAUUUACCAAAUCAGUGAGUAGCACUUUUCGCACGUGUUAAUUGGCUCCCAUAACUCGGAAUAUCCUUGGCUAUUCACUGUUUUGCAUCCAGAGCCAAGAUGGCUUCUCACUUCGAGAUAUGUUUGGAAAUUUGAGCAAUAAAUGAAGCAGUCAUACAAACAAAAUAAUACCAAGAAAGAGACUAACUUUGGCUUGUCGGUGUUUACUGGUAAGAUUUAUUAUUUUCAUCCUGAAUUUGCAACAAAAUCGUAAAAAUGCACUUGACAAAAUCUCAGAAAUGUUUGUAAAUUGUAAAUAAAGUUCCUACCAAGUGACGUUUGUAAUUUACAAAAAGUUACUUUUUUCAUUUUUUUUCCAACUGAUUUGGUAAAUACUAAAACAACUAUCCCCCUCAGGGUAGGUGAACAGCACUAGAUAAUUAUAUACCUUGAUGCUUCGCGUUUUGCUAUAUAUAUACCACUAUUCACCUCCCCUUCGAGGCCUCCCAUAGUUCACCACCUCCCAUAAGCGACCACCCUCCCAAACACCAAAAAUAUCCUCAUUCAGGGAACCACUCAUAAACGAACACCUCCCCUAAGCGACCGCAACCACUUUUUCGGCUGACAGUUUAAGAAUAUUCUAUUGCUUUUAACCUUUGGUAAGCGGCCACUUGACACAUGGUCUUACUAAACAGUGAAGUAUAUGAUUUGUAAAAAUGGACAGAAAGGAUUUCUUUGGCUGUCAUAGUUGUCUACACAUCUAUUACUGUGUUAAAUAUUAGCCUGAGUUUGAUCUAUAACUACAGUAUUAACCAUUACUCUUGAGAAAAAGACUCAGGUUUCCUGGUUCAGUUUGAGAAGUUUUAAACUUUUGCUCGUCAGACGUUUAAGGGACAUUUCUAAUAGUGCACUUCCUUAAAUGAACUGUCGUGUAGAGUAGCUAAAGAUUUAUUCGAUAAAACUACCAGUAAUUGGCAGGGGAAUUUAAACUUUCAUAAUUAUUUUUUUAGAAUAAACAUUCCACUCCAUUUUAGGUUGACAUGUAAAGUUGGCACAGCCAAGUAAUUGCAUAAAAUGUUUUAAUUUUUCUCCAGUUAUUCUGCUUCAUGCAGCAACCCACAAGCGAAACAUUAAAAACAAGUUUGCCAACGUGACCGAGUUGUUCAAAGAGGACGUAACACCAAUGACAGUUAUUCUAUCAAAGAUAUGUUCCUCUGGUGAUGAUGAUACAGAAAACAGACAAAGAUAA